AGACUCGGGUGUGGUCGAGGAGGGACUCGAGCAGUGGUUCACACACCUGCCCGUGUGAACCCGUGGUGGAGGCUGGCACACACCUGCGUCACUCCUCACUCAUACAAGGAAAAGUGUACAAGGUCAGCAGCCUUCCUCUCCAUCUUGGUGUGGUAUCUUGUGUUGUGAGGCGUCUGACCAUAGCAACCAUGGGCAACAAGAGCAGUCUGAUGCUGCAGGAGCAAGAUAUCAAUGAUAUCCAGGCAGAGACAGGAUUUUUGCCAAGUCAAAUAGAGCGACUAUACAGCCGUUUCACAAGUUUGGAUAAAGGGGACAAUGGCUUGCUAUCGCGUGAAGAUUUCCUCCGCAUCCCUGAGUUAGCAAUAAACCCUCUUGGUGACCGUAUUGUUCAUGCAUUCUUUAAGGAAAGUGAAGAUGAUCAUGUGAACUUUCGUCAGUUUGCACGCGUCUUGGCUCACUUUCGGCCUAUCAAGUGCAAUCAAGAUAACAAACUUAAUGCUCGGGAAGAGAAGCUGCGUUUUGCCUUCAAAAUGUAUGAUCUUGAUGACGAUGAGCGUAUCUCUCGGGAAGAACUUCUUGCUGUUCUCCAUAUGAUGGUUGGAGAGAACAUUAGUGAUGAGCAACUCAACAGUAUUGCAGAACGAACCAUUAUCGAGGCUGACCAUGAUGGUGACCAGAUGAUAGGCUAUGAAGAAUUCUGUGCUGCAUUGGAGAGAACAGAAGUUGAACAGAAGAUGUCCAUAAAAUUUCAUAAAUAGGCAAUCAAAUAAUUUUAACUUUAAAAGUUGCUUAUAAUUAUAUUGUAUAUAAUGACAAAAGAUUAAAUAUGUAGUUCUAAAUGUAAAAGGAAUAUUUUUAUAAAGUUGAGGCUUCUCUGCUAAUUUCAUAAUUAUAAUAUUGAAAAUGCUUUUUUAUUAACAGUAUUUUGAGAUGCACAUUCCAGGAUGUCACAAAAGUCUAAUCGUCAUGUUUUAACCCCUGCACUGCGCACCUGUUUUGGGCAUAAACUUCAUAGUGCAAUUGUUAAGGACAUAUUUUGGUUUUUAUAAAUGUUCAGGUAAAGUUAAUGUCAAAAUGUUUCUAAACUCAACUAUAUUAAUUUCAAAACACAGAGUGAUGAAAACAUUAAAAAUCAUAAAAAUAUGGCCUAAUUAAAAAAAAUCAGACAACUCUCAAAACAGCAUUUGUUGUUUGGCACAGUGCAAUGGUUAAAGCAGUCACUAUGCAAGGUGAUUUUAUUUAGACAAGGGUGCAAACUUGAAAUAACUAAGCUCUUAAUGUUAGAAAUGCUUUGCAAGAUCAAACAUUUAUCAAGCAGCAGCUCUAUCUAUGUUGCAUAGAUAGAGCUGCUGCAUUUAUAGCUAACAUUUUAGCAUUCUGUCAGUGAGGUUUUUGUCCAGGGUGGAUAACCCCCAUCCAGCUGUUCGCUCACCUAUACAUUAAAGUUACCAUCUUUAUGAACUUACAGGGAUACAACUCAUAUUUUGAUAUAAAAAUAUUUGUAUGAAAAUGAGUACUGUAUAGCCGCGCAACAAAUUGCAAACGCUAAUGUACAAGGUGCCAGUGAUUUAACAAGUUUAUAAACUUUUUCAUUGAUUGGUUAUUUACAGAUCAUUUAAAUAUGUGGAACUGAUUUAUCAAAAUCCUCUGUAUGAAAAAAGUGCUGAAUUAUUUAGUCAAUAAAAAUUUGAGGUGAA